AUGCUUAUCUCAUACACACCCACAAACUCCUCAUAUCAAGUAGGACACCUCGCUGCUAACCCACUGGACGCGCGAUCCGACCGAAUCGUGCCUGGAUUCAUAUUACCGGCUGCCGCGAAAUCGACAGAGCCAAGUCCGAGUCCGAGUCCACCUCCACCUCCUGCUACCGUUACAAUCACGAGCAUCAGCAUCAGCACCAGCCUGAUCACCACUACCAUCGAUGUCACUGUGAACACAACCUACUACGUCACCGACACUGAGACUUUCACCACGGCGGUUCCGACCACAUCAUUGACAACAAGCGUUACGAAUAGUACCGUGACCAUUACCCCCACACGAGCAGGACCAACACACGCAUCUAGUAUGUCAGCGGUACCAGAUGCGAAGAAGCCUGUGUCAGCGUCAGGAGUGCUGGCGAUCAUCUCCGGGGUCACGAAUCUCGCGCUGCUACUGGCGAUGUUUUUCCUCGUACGGAGGUUCUACAGGAUGUACCGCCAGGAGCGGGUCCUGCGCAAGCAGAUUCAGACCGAGGGAGUAGAGCUGAAGCAGGCGGGGGCGAAAGAUGAUGAGUGGUGGGUGACGGCGAAGCAGUAA